AUGCCUUUGUCUCGGCCAACUCUUGUUUCUGAUUCAGAAUGCUCCCGCUGUAGUCGCGUCGUGAAUGAGCCAGCCCAUCGCAAGUUCGUCUCAUUCCUCAGCCUCGGCAGUUUACUGCGCCGACACCAAGACGUCACGAUCCAUCGGCAGCCCUCGGAGCUUGUGGCUGGUGUUCAAGCAGGCUGUUGGUGGUGUACUAGGAUAUUUCACUUGAUCACAUCUGCCCUUGAUGCUGAGGCUGUCGCGGUUCAAGACUUUCACAUCCUCUGCCCCAGGGUCAAGACUGCAGCGACGCUCAACUACGAGGGGCUGUGGUUAAGAAUAUGGCUCCCUGAUAACAAAAUCUCACGCUUAGAGACAAAGGCUAUCCUGAGCGAUAAUCCUCCAUGUCGCAGCUUUUCUGAUGAGACCGAAUAUGCAGCCUCCCAACGCGCACUGUCCUACCUCGCCGAUCGCGUCAACAACUGCAAACAGGAGCAUGCAAAGUGUCGCAAGGAGAGUCAAUGGUUUCCGUCGAGAGCGUUGCAUGUACAGAAACCCAACAAUGCCAUCAGCGUCAAAGUUGUCAAUCGCGAGCAUGUCCCUUCGGGGAGCGAGUACAUCACUCUCAGUCACAGAUGGGGUGAGUCGGAGCAGCUCACAUUGACGAGUGACACACUAGUCACGUUCUCAGAGGGCAUUCCUGCCGAGACACUCCCAAGACUGUUUUCCGAGACUGCGCAAGUAGCUCAUCAACUCAGUGUUCCCUACUUAUGGAUCGAUUCCCUGGACUCUGAAGAUGACCUCGCCCGAGAACUCGCAGUAAUGGACAAGGUGUACCACAAUGCAUACGCCAACAUCGCUGCCACAUUUGCCUCCGAUAGCUCGCGCCCUUUGUUUCCCGACCAAAGUCCUUUGUCCUUCUUGUCACACAAGGCACCCACGCCUUCAGGCUCGCCCACAAACACAGCACCAAAGUUAUGGUGGUUCGAAGGCGACGCGCGCGUCUUUACCCAUCUCGAUGAGCAAAUUCUAUACAGUCGAGGUUGGGUCUUUCAAGAGCGAUGCUUGGCGACAAGAAACGUCAGUUUUACCCGAUCCCAACUCUUCUUCGAAUGUUCCGAAGAGCUCAGCUGCGAGGCGACCGACAUUUCCAACCCUUCGCUCAACAAUACCUUUGACUACCCUCUAAGAUAUCUCCCUCUGUCAAUUUUCCAGGACUCCGAUGCUCAGCAAGAUUCCGAAUUGUUCUCCAUCAACCGCCUUGACCAAUUGACAAAGGCGCAGUGUCUAGAUCUCUGGCACAAAAUGGUGCAGAUGUAUAGUCCUUUGGCCCUUUCCGAUCCAAACGACAAACUCGCUGCCCUGUCUGGUCUUGCACGGAGGUUUCAUUCUCGGCUCCAGACACCAUACUAUGCAGGCCUAUGGUCUGCCAAUUUGCGAUCCGAGAUUUGCUGGGCGAGGGCUCACACCAAGCGUUCUCGAAAGCCAUCGAGGGCGAACGAUCACCCGGUUGGGUAUCGCGCACCCACUUGGUCCUGGGCAUCUGUUGACGGCGAGGUGGAAAUUGACUACCGCGGCACAUCCAGUUCCACUUGGUCUUUCGACAUUCUCGAAGCCUACACUACCCCAUUGAAAGGUGACAAGUUUGCACAGCUGGCCGACGGCAGACUUGGCCUUAGAGGAACCAUGUUUGUUGUAAGGGAAGAGGACGCGCGAGCAAACAACUCGCGCAAGGCCCUAAUCUUUCUUAACCCCCCAACUCAGCAGCCGUUGUACUGUUACUGGGAUGUCGAUGGGUAUGAAGUGACGUUUCCGUUUUACGUCUUCAUCCUAAGAUCUCGGGUUGACAGGUUGUCGGACAAGUUUGAGAUUCAUUGCCUCGUUCUGACCCCAGUGACACCUUCACGAGGAGUCUACCGAAGAGUGGGCAUGGGGCAUUUGUCAAACUACGGUAUCGAUUCUCCUCCUACUUUAUUACCAGAGGUAGCACCGCUAGCAGAGGCCGAUGCUCCGCCAUCGAGGCUUUUUGAAGAAAACGACUUUGUCGCAGACGAGUUACAAGGUUCUGACGGGACCGGGCUUCCGGCACGUGGAACUGAAGACGCCGAACAAGGUGGGAAUGUCACUCGGUGUUUGAACUACUGGCGGAGAGAUGGCGUGGACAUACCCUCAGUGCAUCGCGAUGCAGCAGGGCAGCAUACAAUCAUUCUUAUCUAG